AUGACUAAAUCAGAAUAUAAGGAGUCAUUUUUGCCAAAAUUUGACUACUUUAAAAACCCAUCAGUUUCAAAAGAUAGCUACAAAAAGGUGUCAUAUGUUCCAAAGGUUCCCUCGGUCCCUAAAGAAGAAUACAAGGUGCCUUCUUUGCAAAAGAAUGAUUACUACAAGAAGCCAUCAGUUCCAGAAGAUAACUACAAAAAGGUAUCAUUUGUUUCAAAGGUUCCCUCAGUGACUAAAGAAGAAUACAAGGUGCCUUCUUUGCAAAAAAUUGACUACUACAAGAAGCCAUCAGUUUCAGAAGAUAACUACAAAAAGGUGUCAUUUGUUCCAAAGGUGCCCUUAGUGCCUAAAGAAGAAUACAAAGUGCAUUCUUUGUCAAAGAAUGACUACUACAAGAAGCCAUCACCUGCUUCAUCACCACCACCUCCAUAUUAUUAA